GCGCCGCCGCUGAGGGGAAGGGAAGGGAAGGGAGGCCGCGAUGCCGCUCUACGAGGGCCUGGGCAGCGGCGGGGAGAAGACUGCCGUGGUGAUAGACCUGGGCGAGGCCUUCACCAAGUGUGGUUUUGCAGGAGAAACAGGACCAAGAUGCAUUAUUCCUAGUGAAAUAAAGAAACCCGAUGUCGCAAAGCCUAUCAAAGUUGUUCAGUGUAAUAUUAAUACAGAAGAGCUAUAUUCAUAUCUGAAGGAAUUUAUCCAUAUGCUGUAUUUCAGACAUCUGCUGGUGAAUCCCAGAGACCGUCGUGUUGUGAUCAUAGAAUCUGUCUUGUGCCCUACACACUUCAGAGACACGCUCACAAGAGUCCUUUUCAAGCAUUUUGAGGUACCUUCAGUUUUGUUUGCUCCAAGUCAUCUAAUGUCUCUCCUGACACUUGGGAUCAAUUCUGCCAUGGUGCUAGACUGUGGAUAUAGAGAAAGCUUGGUGCUGCCUAUAUAUGAGGGAAUUCCGAUUCUGAGCUGCUGGGGUUCUCUUCCUCUGGGAGGAAAGGCUAUCCACAAGGAGCUGGAAUAUCAAUUGUUGGAGCAGUGCACAGUUGAUACAGGAUUAGCCAAAGGACAAAGCCUUCCAUCUGUGAUGGGCUCAGUUCCAGAAGACAUAGUAGAGGAUAUAAAAGUCCGCACUUGUUUUGUGAGUGAUCUCCAACGUGGACUGAAAAUCCAGGCAGCCAAGUUCAACAUUGAUGGCAGUGCUGAGCGUCCUUCACCACCUCCAGACGUGGACUAUCCUUUAGAUGGAGAAAAGAUUCUCCAUGUAGUUGGCUCCAUCAGAGACUCUGUUGUCGAAAUACUGUUUGAACAGGAUAAUGAAGAGACAUCUGUUGCCACUUUGAUCUUAGAUUCACUCAUUCAGUGUCCAAUAGACACCAGGAAGCAGUUGGCAGAGAACUUGGUAGUUAUUGGUGGCACGGCUAUGUUGCCAGGAUUCCUUCACAGGCUCAUGGCUGAAAUCAGAUACCUGAUAGAGAAACCAAAAUACAAAGAAGCACUUGCCACUAAAACCUUCAGAAUUCACACUCCACCUGCCAAACCCAACUGCGUGGCCUGGCUGGGAGGAGCCAUUUUUGGAGCACUUCAGGACAUACUUGGGAGCCGGUCUGUGUCCAAAGAAUAUUACAGCCAGACAGGCCGCAUACCUGACUGGUGUUGUCUUAAUAAUCCUCCGCUGGAAAUGAUGUUUGAUGUUGGAAAAGCACCCCCGCCAUUAAUGAAGAGGGCUUUUUCUACUGAGAAAUAAGCACCUAAAUGCUACACAAGGAUUCUACUCAUCUGUUUCAACGAGACCGAGAACAACAGGGUUGCAUGCAAGUCAAGAGUGUCCCCUUGAGCCGGGCCCCGCUAUGCAGUUCGCUGCUCAGCUGCACUACCCCGCCACAGCCUCUCUCCCAAGGCAUAACACCUACGGGGCUGGGCAGGAGACUCGAGGAUCCAACUGCUUCUGGCAAGAAAACCUGUGGGUGAGGUCUGGUUCUCCUCACAGGGCAGAACAGGGGAGGAGGGAUGGAGUCCAAUAGUGCACGAG